AUGUCUCCCGCUUCGUCCCCUUCGCGGGACGUCACGGAGCUUGUUUCCCGGCGUCGCGGCAUCAAUAUUCCCUCCGAUCAAAAGAGUUUGCUAGAGAAACAAGAUUCUUGGGCGGUAGACUUGCAAAAUCAGCGUCACGGGCUAGUGAAUAUUCCUGGUAGUGUUUUGGAAGGCGCAAAAGCAGCAUAUCUUGCCCAGAAGAAGAGAUCGCAGCAGCAAACACCGCAAGGUAAAAAACGAGGUGCCAGUCCUGGUCGGUCAGGGAGCAGCAACCGCAAGCGCAUGCGGAAUGAAGAUGGAAAUACGAGCGUUUCAGGGUCGAAUUUUGACAAACCACCACAAUCCUCUCCCGAAAGAUCGAUACCUUGGAGUCCAAGCCCUUCCCGCGAUCAAAUUAAGGAUUCAACCUCUAUACAAGCAGCUAUCAACACAACUACGCAGUCCUCAAUCGCACACGAAACCCCAAAAACGACCACUGUAGGCCCACCACCGCGAACCUCAAGACCGAUGCUCGCCCCACCGCUAUCAGACGAAUCUGAAGAUGAUAUGGAAACGAGAAUCCCAGACGCCCAACCUCUCCGCAACGUCCCAAUCAACCGGAUAGCCGUUCGUUAUCAUCCAUCGCAAUCGACUACGCAAUCUACAGGUCCCAUGGCUACACCUCCAUGCGCGCAGCCGAGCAAUCCCACGCAAUCCAUUAUACCCGAAACCGUCAUGGCAAACAGAGCACCAGCGAAGGUGAAUGGAAGUCCAGGGAAAGGGAGAGCUCGGAUUGUGUUCAAACCUAUCGACGUUGACGAUGUUGGCAGAAAAAGGAAGAGAAGUCACCCUGAGAAAGAACGCCUGGCACCGACGAUUAUGCCUCCAGUAAUUGAUAGUUCGAUGCCGUCUUCCGAAUCUUGCAUUCCCAACACAUACUGUGUGCCCACGACCCAGGAGUCUAUCAGGGAGUCUAUCGAAGGUAAUGAAGAGGAUGAUGAAGACGAGAGCAACGAUCAAACCGAAGAGAUAAUACCGUCAACCAACGAUCAAGAGGCUCCCGUGAAGAGAACGCCCAACCGCCGUCCGGCCUCCGCCACUAAGCCCAAGCCUGUUCCUGAGAUCAGAACUACUGCGAACCAAGACGGGCCAACCGUGCAACAAGAAGCCAAACAACGUCGGGUCCAACUACAGGCACAAGAGAAUCAGGUGCAGCAACAACAAACCCAAAGACAAAGGGCCCAGAAACCGACCACUCCACAGACAAGACCACAUGAACGAACGGCAUCAACAAAUUCUCGCAAACUUUUGGAAAGCAACGAGCUGGUCAGGAGGUCACAAUUGCCUGUACCACCGCGCAUAGCGCCGGGUACUCCUCAUGGGCCGUUCGACACCUUUGUGCAACACUAUCCUGGAUACGCAAGUGGCAAUGAUGGUCAGACAGCACCAGGCACCAAGCUAUCAUUCAUUGAAGCGUGCCUAUACCUGAACUAUCUUCGUCCAAAAAGCCUGCUUCGAGACUGUUUGUAUGACGACUUUAUCCGAGCCUUCCCCUAUUUUAAGGAAUACGUGGAUCGCGCCGGGAGAUCAGCCAUGGUCGCUAUUAAAUGGUUCAACAAGCAGAAAGGGCCCCCACUGUUCAACAAAUACUUGGUACACAGGGGUAAUCUCAGUCACAUCCUGAGGUCAUGCCCGGAAGAGUUCAACGAAGCGAACCAAAAGAUUUACAAGAGGAAGGAUGAUGACGAGCUCAGCAUUUAUACAAGUUCAAAUGAUGAAGGAGAGUCGAGCGAGGAGGAGAAUCUGUCAAGCCCCGUGUCGAAGAGGUCGAGCCGAAAGGAUCUUUUGAGUUCGGUAACAAAAAAGACGAACGGAAAGACCGCGGAUGACUUGCAGCCGGUUGAAACGAUUGAGAGUGACACGGACAUGGAAAUGUCGGAGAUGCUUCCGGUCCGUGAAGCGAAUCCUGUGAGGAGAUCGUCUGGGGCUUCAGUUAAGAGAGCGGAGCAACAUACAAGAUCUAAUCCCACAUCUGCAGUGAGUCAAAGAACAAGGCCAGCGCCACCUUUGUCCUCCACGGCACGUAGGACCACGUUUCCCGCGCAACCUGAGUCUUCACAAGCUCAGGAUAUCAUGACUCAAGCACCUCGUCCACCUUCGCCCAAGAUAUCAGACACAUCGAUGCUGCCGCCCUCAAGUGCGCCUAAUUCUACAUCGGGGUGGAAAGCCCCCCGACCCUCACAGUAUUUGGAGACGCUCGUCAAAGGGGGAAAGAAGGGACAACCCGGCUUCCAUUAUGGCCCCAGCUCGAGUAACAGAUUCAGCUCGAGUAACCAAGUCACCUCGUCACCGGCGCUUCUUGAUCAGAAGAGACGCGACCGACUUCGAGCACACUUCAGAAAGAGUCUAUCAGCUCAGAAAGCCAAAAAUGGCACAACACAAAAUGCUAGGAGUAGCAGUGGUCAGACAAGAUGA